AUGCUGCAAGGAAGUGAUAAACUUGUUCUAACAUGUCUUGGUGUUGGAUAUUUCAACAAUCCACCAGAAUUGAUUUGUCGAUCAAUCAAAGCAAAUCGAGAACUUAUUCACGAAAGUGGUCUUGAUGUUUAUCUUGUUUGCUUCAGUGAUGAUGACCAAAGAGGAUUCAAAUCUGUUUAUCCUCAUCUCGUAGAUUUAGUUUCUGAAACAAAAGGUGAAAUUAUAUCUGCAUUCUAG